GUAGGACUGGUUUCAGCCUGAGCGAUCAGUAAGCGGUUUAGCAGGUACGAUUCGAAUCCCAGUGAUCAGACGCCUCUCCUGCUCUGAAGACAUUGUUUUCAAAGAAGGAGCUGCUUUUCACUCGUCCUGAUGGCUGACACCAGUAUUCCAAGCUUCAAGGCAGCUGACCUGGUCAUCCAGCUGUCCUCCUCUCUGAAAACUAAACCAGAUGUUGGUGAGUUUGGAUCCGUCUUCACCGACCACAUGUUGACCAUAGAGUGGACAGCGACUGAGGGCUGGAAGGCUCCGUUUAUCAGGCCCUUUGGGAACCUGACGCUCCAUCCAGCCAGUACAUCACUACAGAAUGCCAUUCAGCUUUUCGAAGGCUUGAAGGCUUACCGUGGGGACGACAACCAACUGCGUCUCUUCAGACCGAUGCUCAACAUGAACCGCAUGGCAAACUCUGCCAGGAGAACCUGUCUACCUACGUUUGACCAGUCAGAGCUUCUCGAGUGCAUCAGGAAACUGGUGGAGAUCGAACAGGACUGGGUUCCUCACUCAGAUGUUGCCAGCUUGUACAUCAGACCAACAUUUGUUAGUACUGAGCAGUCUCUGGGUAUAAAGAAGCCUACUCGUGCCUUGCUCUAUGUGAUUUUGUCUCCAGCUGGGUUUUACUUCAAGACCACAGACGCUGUCUCUCUGUGGGCCGAUCCCAAAUAUACAAGGGCCUGGAAAGGAGGAACUGGAGACUGCAAGAUGGGAGGAAAUUACGGAUGUUCUCUGUAUGCCCAGUAUGAAGCAGUGGAUUAUGGGUGUCAGCAGGUUCUGUGGUUGUACGGAGACGAUCACCAGGUCACUGAGGCAGGAACCAUGAACGUCUUCCUGCACUGGAUCAAUGAAAAUGGAGAUGAGGAGCUUGCAACUCCACCUCUGGAUGGUAUAAUUCUCCCCGGAGUUACCCGACGGAGCAUCUUGGAACUGAGCAGGAAAUGGGGUGAGUUUGCAGUGACAGAGCGCUACAUCACCAUGGACCAGCUUUGUUGUGCUGUGAAACAGCAGCGAGUCAAAGAGAUGUUCGGUUGUGGUACUGCCUGCAUGGUCUGCCCCAUAGGACGCGUUGUCUACCAGGGACAGGACUUGCAUAUCCCCCAUCAGGAUGCAAAGGUGACUACACGGAUCGCAAAGGAACUCACAGAUAUACAGUAUGGACGCACACCUUCUGACUGGGCUUUCCUGGUGUAGCAGCGAAGAAGAAGCCUGGAAAGACGUGAUUCAACAACCAAAGACACGCUGUAAAUGUACGACAGGGUGACAUAUAUGCAAUAUUUUAAAUCUAACUGCAAUAUUCUGCAGAGCUGAGGCCAAAAUGAGUCUGUACCUCCUUCUAAAUUAAUGGCAAACACACAACUGUCCAAAGUAAUUAACAAAAGUAGGCUAAUGUCUCAUGCAAUACUGCACAAUAACUUACAGGAACUCCGCCAACAUGGUUUGUUCUAUAGCUUCACGCCUCCUUUUGCAAGCAACAUCCAGGAUAAAGCUUUGUUUUAACAUUUAAAGAAAAGUGAUAAGGGCACCUGAACCUGUGGGUUUUGGUGUGGGAAGGUGAAUUUAUAGACGAUGGUCUCUAAAAGUUUCUCACAUUCUAAAAAGGCUGUUUUUAAAAUGGAUUUUAAAGCAGCUACAUGUUGUUACUUAUAUCACCAGCUAGCUCAAAUGUAAGGAAAAGGUUAUAUACCUUUCUGUGCAUAUUGGAGGAGAAUUCUGGUUUAUUUCAACCUGGCAUUUUUCCCAUUACAGUGGUUUGCUAAUGUUGCCCUCUUCAGCUUUUCUGUAGAGAUUCGGGGAAUCGAAAUAUGUCAGGGUGCAGCUUCCUGCGGUUUUCCAGAGAAAGCUACUCUUUAAGUGAAUCAUAAAUGCUUGUCUUCAGUGUAACAUAAAUACAGAAAUUGAUCACCGGUAGUGGACACAUUAGCUACAUUAGCUUUACCGAUCGUAUGGUGAUUUGAACGUUCAGUCCAGCCUGUCCUGGUCUUUUCUUUCGAUUGAUUUUGUUGUGGUGAAAUACCAUCACCAUGACACCAAAAACUGCAGAUUUAUUGGUUUCCAAGCCUGGCCUGAACAGGUCCAGUUCUAUGCACAAAAUGUUCCCUUCUCCUUCAGUAGCAGAGCAGUGAGUACAGAAACACCAUCAGUCCUUCAAAGUACAUUGUCUUGCAGGACCUCUAGCUGCUAAACACCACCACUGUGGUCUAAAACCCUUUAUAUCCAACCAGAUGUUCUGUGCAAUUAAGGAAAGCACAGUGGCCACAGUUAAAAUUAGGUGAAUUUGGAACGCCAAAUGUCAAUGAUCAACAUCAGCACGGUCAAUAAUAAAGACCAGCAACCAGCCAGGUUUGAAGAUAAAACUAGGAAAAGCUCAUGUAUGUGUCAGAAUUCCCUAAAUUAUGUCACAUGUUUGCAUUUGUAUUGAGAUUUCAGGAGGAAAAGUUAAUCUUGGAAGCAGGUUUCCAUCCAAGUAGACAUGCUAGGUGUGUUUUAGUCCCUUUACAGGAGCUAUUUUCAACAAUGAGGUAGUUUGUCGUAGGUUGGCAACAUUUAUGCACAGAGCUUAGGUUUAUGUGUUUUCCUCAGAAGCUGUACAGACCUAUUAAAGUUUAUUAAUUGAGGCAAAGAGGGGAAGAGUUCAAUGAUAAUGAUCAAUGAUAAAAUCUUAAAAUGAACUCAAAAAAUGAACAGUGAAGGAAAGCAGGCAUCAGGUGCUCAUGUCUGCUAGAACCAGUAAAAAGCCAAGCGGCUGUAUUCUGAAUGAGUUAGAGACAAGAAAGUGACAAAAAAGUCGAUAUUCUGGGGUAAUAAAAUGAUUCAACACAUAUUACAUAAGGAGGAAUGGAAGACAGUGAAAUGAAACAAAUGAAUUUUUGAUUUUUAGAUGUGCAAUUUGGCAGAUUUUGUACCUUUGAAUAAAUUCAGGUUAGGUGCUCCUGUUUCCAGUCUAUGUAUUAAGAAAUCUGUUGCCUUACAUUCAACAUUUAGACACCAGAGUAUUGUCAGUCUCUUCUAACCGUCACUAUAAUAUGAAAGCAAAGUAUAAAACCGUACCAUGUAUUACAGCUAUUCCUAUUUAUAGAUCCUGUAUGAGGUCUUACCAUGUAUCAAGAAAUGUUACUUUUGCACAACUUGAAAAAAAUGCAGUUUUUCUUGUUCUGUUGCUUCAGUAGAGGUGCAGAAAGCAUACAAAUAUAUGAAGACGUGUUCCAACAUGCAUCUGACCUUUGUGUUUUUAUGAUGUGGAGGAUGUUCGGUUCAAAAGGCCUUGUCUUCACAGAGAAAGAGCUUUUAAAUGAAACACACUGUACUGUGCAUGUACUGUGGCUUAUUUCUGUACUGUGAACUUUAGAGGAACAAAGUGUCAGUAAAGGACAAGAACAGUCUGCAUCUCAAACAUUGACGAGGCUGUGCACGUUUUAAGCGCUGAAAGUACAGUGAGCAAGCUUUCAGAAAUAGAGACAUGAAUAGUUUCACUUACCAUUUGCUGUCAUUGAAAUGGUUCUUUAUGACCCUGGGUGUAUGUUUGCAACUGGUUUCCUGCUGCACAAUGAAACUGCUACGACAUCGCAUGUUUCCCUGAUAAUAUUUUAUUACAAAUCUGAACAUAUAAAGUACCUAAAGCUUUUGCACAGUAGUGUAGAUGAUGUCAUAUUGAAUUAAAUAUUAAAGGUCCCUGAUUGUUCUACUUCUCAGCAAAUUAAUAAAAGUCUCCCAGAAUA